AUGACUCGUGGUGGCCAGGCUAGAGGCGGAGGAGCCCGUGGCGGGCAUCGUGGCGGCGGCAAUCGCGGGAGUAGCGGACAUCGGCGCGGUGGUCAUGGUAUGCCGGGUCAUACACGCGGUGGACGCGCCUCGGGCCAGUCCGCUGCGCCCGCGGCAUCUACAAGCAAGACAGAGAACCAUAGUGCGGUGAACCAUGAAGCAGGUACGGCUGACGAGGCACAGCCAGCGCUGCAAGCGAAAGAUGCAGGGACCGCGGCCGAUGAUGGCGCAGACACUGCUGAAGCAGGCCACGACGAAGAGGACGAGCGCGAUAUCUGCUUCAUCUGUGCCGAAUAUGUUCAAUUGUACAGCCUGCCGCCCUGUGACCACCGCGUGUGCCACAUUUGUGCCAUGAGACUCCGAGCCUUGUGGAAGAAACGUGAGUGCACGUUUUGCAAAGGCGAUGCUACGCGCGUAAUCUUUACGCCCAAUGACACGAAGAGCUACGGCGCUUACACGCCUGACGAGCUGCCGUUCGUGGACGAAAAGCUGUCCGUCUACUUUGAGAAUCGGCAGGACUAUGAAGACACGCUCUCGCUCCUGCGCUUCAACUGCCCCAACACAAAAUGCGAGGCGAUGUGCUCAGGCUGGUCAGAUCUAAAGGGCCACGUGAAACGGGAGCACUCGCGUCUUCUGUGUGAGCUGUGUAUCAGACACAAGAAGAUCUUCUCUCAUGAGCAUUCUCUUUUCACGGCAGCGUCAUUGCAGGCGCAUUUGUCCAGCGAGCACCGCUACUGUGAGUUCUGUCAUCAACACUUUUACAGCGAUGACGAGCUCUGGGUCCACAUGCGUGAUCGGCACGAGCAGUGCCACAUCUGCAAGGCACGCAGCGAGGAAGAGCGCUGGAACUACUAUCGCGACUACGACAUGCUGGAGCAGCAUUUCCGCAAGGAGCAUUACUUGUGCCUAGCGCGCGACUGUCUCGAGACCAAGUUUGUUGUGUUUGAGAAUCAGAUGGAGCUGCAAGUGCAUCAGGUCGAAGCGCAUGGGCACACACUAUCGAAUCGAGAACGUCGUGAUGCUUUGCGUGUCGAUACUAGGUUCAUGUAUGACGAUGGCGGCGCAGGUGGUGGAAGUAGCAGCUCUGGACGGCGUCCUGCGCGCGGCAAGAAACCGGCCAACGCGACUCAAGCAAGUGUGAAUAUCAACGCCAACACGCCCUCGACAUCCACACAGCGUCGCGCACAGUUCGGGCGCUCACUUACGACAGCGAGUGGGGGUGGUCAAGAUGGGUCGAACGAGCCUAGCGAGGACGACCGGUACUGGAGCACCGUGCUAACGGUGCUAAACGACUCAAAAAUCAAGCUGACGUCUUGCAAAGCGGCCCUACGAGCCUAUAGUUUGUCGGAAACAAAUGUCCACGAUCUGCUCAAGACACUCACGAACCUUACUGGUGACAGUGCCCAUUCAAUGGAUAUCGGUACAACUGACCUGGUCGUUCAGAGCAUGUGUGAAAUGCUCAAGCAUACGGAGAAACGCUCAGAACUCCUAGCAGCCUGGACAGCCAUCAAGGAGGAACACGCUCCGUUUCCAAGUCUACCGGCAUCGCAAGGCCCACACUCCGUCCGCUCACUCAAAAGUGCUGCUUCCGGCAACGCACGCGUGUGGAACAGCGUGGCUCGUGCAGCUUCGUCUGCUCCCUCUGCCUCGGCUUCAUCGUCGCACCGUAUGCCUGCACGCACGCCGGACCAUUUCCCCACUUUGAGCAGUGCGAAUGCUUCACGCGUGCCUGGCUCUGCUGCUCACACACGUGGCGUUCAGCGGCGCGUCAACACAGCCGCGGGAUCAACUCCAUGGAGUGGCAGUGGCAAUGCUGGCAGCAGCGGCAGUGGCACUCGUAACAGCUCUGUGAUGUCACCGGUUGCAUUUCCUCCGCUUGGUAGUGGUCCUGUCCAGCGCACGCCACAGAGCGUGCAUGUAUCGAGUAUGAGCAAGUCGAAAACGCCCGCACUUCCUGCGAAUCAUUUCCCCAGCUUGCCGACAUCGACCGCGCAUGCCGAGCGACAGGCCCAGAAACGCGAAUUGUUCAGUCAGCCGCGAGUAAAUCCGCUCGUGCCACAGGCACCGCCGACUCGUUGGGGUUCGGGUCCCUCUUUGUCAUCGUCACCGGCCGGACAAGAAGCAUUCCCCGCUCUCGGUGACGUUCGUGCUUCCUUGCCGGACUCGAAUGAUGCGCUCGCCAGUUCCAGUGCCGGGAGCGGAAAGCAGCGGCGGCGUAAAGGUGUAUUGCUGUCAUCCGUGGGAUCCAUGCAUCGCAUGUAA